AUGGCUCCGAAGCGGAAGACCGGAACAUACCCCUGUUCGAAAUGUCCUCGAAUAUUCAACCGACUUGAGAAUUUGAAACGGCAUCAAAAAUCACAUCAAGGAAGCCUUCCACAUUGCUGCGACAUCUGCCAGAGAGAAUUCUCCAGAAGCGACUUGUUAAAGAAACAUCAGCGCACCCACCAACGCCAAGACGAGCAGCAACCAACAGACGAGCCUCCUCUUGGGAAGAGGAGAUAUCCUUUCGUGCUCGAAAGCAAAUAUGGCUCAUCUAGUAGUGACACUUCUUUCGCGCCAGGUGACAACGAACCUGAGCCAGGCCCAGCGGUAGAUUCGAACCUGUUGGGUCAGCCUAACCAGGAGGGCCUCUUCAUGAACCAAGCUGUGCAAGGUGCACCAGUUCUUGUGGAUGGGGACGUGGAUUUCACAGGCUUCUUUCGUCCUUGGGAUACUGGGAAACACCUUGAUACAAAUGAUUGGUUCACUCAAGAUUUUUAUGACGCUUCCCAAGAAAUGGCGACAAUUUUUGGUCCCAAUGACUUCAUCGCGCCCGGAAACCAAUCAGCGUAUGGAGCCGCUCAUGAGCUAUGGAGCUGCCUGGAGCCACCUGAGGCCAUGCAAUUCAAUGUGUUCGGAUUGCAAAGCAUUGAUAGCAAUGCACAGGUCACUCCAGUGACAUCCGGAGACGUCACCGAAAACUCAUCGCGGGCAGCCUCACCACCAAACAUGCCUUCGAAGGAGGAUGCCAUCGCAUUUGCGUGGGAUCCUGCAUCCGAGGGCAUACGUCAAACAAGACCUAUCAUAAUCAGCCAAAAUCAUCCAUUGAGGCAAAAUCACAAUCCGCGAUUCGAUCUCAACGACGCAACCUGGGCCAAUGUCCACAACUUCUUAGAAACUCAGUCGCCGACAGCAGACAGCUUCAUCUUACCCCCGCUAGGAAUUGCGAAUGUUUUCUUUGGGCUAUUUCUUCAAAGAUUCUAUGCGCAAAGUCCUGUGCUCCAUCUCCCAACUCUCAACAGCAAUGAGCUUCACCCUUCUCUGCUUUCCAUUAUGGUGGCAAUAGGCGCGAUGUACAGCCACGUACGGCAGACCCGUCGCUUUUCAAUUCUGUUGCUCAACCGCUCCCGCCAAAACCUUCAGGUUCUCAUCGAAAGAGAUAGAAGACUUACCCGAGACCCACACAUCAUAUAUGCGUACUCGUUGAUGUGCUAUACUGGGCUGUGGUGCGGGAACAAAGAAGCUUUUGAAGUCGCCGAAGCAUGUCGAGGCACCCUGGUCACUUACGUCAGGCGCCUGCCCGAGUUUCUCUAUAGUAUGACUGACGACAGCCUACGCGACAGCCUGGACAGAAUGAAAGCCUGGGCGCGUUCGGAAUUUGUUCGGCGAGUGAGAUGGUUUGUGUUCAUGGUGGAUUCCCAGUUUCCUGCACUCCUGAAUAUGAGGAGCAUGAUAUCCGUAUCGGAGGUUUAUGAUUGGCAACUUCCGUGCAACGAGACGUUGUGGCAAGGCAUGUUGGGUGCAAGCGAUCAAGACCUUGAGCCCAUGUUACUGGGAUCAGCCAACGAGAGCCAAAAUACUCUGCGAGGACUUAUGCGAAAUGGUACGAUGAAACGACCACCACAGGACAAAACACCAGCGAUGGGUUUCGUCAAAGGCUUGACGAAAAGGAUAAAUCCAUGGGCUACGUUUCUGGUCAUCAGCACAUUGGCAAGCCAAGCUUUAGACUGUGCCCAUGAUCAUUCAAUGAACGCAAACAUCACAUGCUCGGACAGCCUUGAACACCACGAGAGAGAUAUUGACCUUUCUACCUUCGAAGGUCUGAAAAGCGGACCCGGAGUCCCUAGAUAUAACGUAAAAGGUGCCCUUGAGUACUGGAAAACUUUCAUUGCCCGUGCUGAAAAGCACGAUCCAGAUGCGUGGGGGGUCAAUGAAUACUUUCAUAGCGCAUCUCGGGUUCUGCUUUCGCUGGCAAAUCUCAAUCUUACCAUCUCUGUAUCCAAUCUGCAAGACGCCAUCGGAAAAAGCGGACCACAGGGGAUCGCCCGCGGAUUGGACCUUUUCAAGCGUCAAUUAGGGAACAUCCCCUAUCUAUAUGGCCAUGAAAAUUCGAAUUUGCGCCAUGUAUUGUCUAGAUGGACGCCUUCAACUUCAGUGGAGAACAGAUACAUCGGGCUUUUGACGGUUUUUGACCAGGCUAUCAGAAGUAUUCACGACAUCAUCUCUAUCCCCACGUUGCAACAAGCAGCUCCGUACAGCAUCAUUAGCACCUUUCUCAACUACGUGCUGCUGUGGAUGUUGAUUGGGACCAGUACGACAGAAGAGCUAUGUUUUCUCCGCUGCCUUCUCGACAAACAGUAUGAGCUACCAUUCACCACAGCAGUACAGAUAAAGCUGCGCGACAUCCUUGAAAUGGCUUUGGGCGAUGGGAAUGGUGGUUCGCAUAGAGCUGAAGUAAUAUUUCGGCACGCUUCUCAGGAGCUUACUCGCCUAGGGACUUGGGGAGCAUCACUAAAUCUUGCUUUGCUGCUACGGCUUAGAGCUAGUCAGUAG